AUGGCGAGCUGGACGGCCCUUCUGGCGGCGUACCUCGUCGGAGGCGUCACAUUUAUCCCGCUCGUCAUUGCCGUCGUGUUCGUCCACGGUUAUUACACGUUUCCCUUCCGCGGCGACGUGGGCGUCCCUGCCACUGGCGACCAGGGUGAUGAUGACAUCGUCCAGGCCGGCGAUGACAUGGCACCUCUCGAAGAGGCCAAGAAGGCCGCCUCCGAAGAGCCAAAGAUGCGCACGAACCAUGACUUUGACGUUGCCGCCGGCUACUUCGCCGUCUGUCGAGAGUACACGCCCAUGGGCAUCAACGCAAAGCCGAUAGAGCGGUCGACGCCCCUCGGCUUGACAACCAUCACGUCCCCCAGCCCGAGCGUCUAUCAAACCAUGUACAGGAGCAUAUUCGACCGCAAGCCCGUGCCCGGCCCGCUAGGGGACAAUAGCUCGAGCAUAAGACCGAAGAAGGCCGGCAACGUCUUCUACGUCGUUCUGCGUCACGGUCAUUUGAUGCUCUUCGACGACGACGAGCAGCUCGAAGUGCGCCACGUCAUUUCGCUCGCCCAUCACGACAUAAGCAUCUACUCCGGAGGGGACGUGACCCCGGAGGGCGAGCUGUUCAUCAAGCGCAACGCCUUGUGCCUGUCCCGAAGACGCGACCAGUCCGACCCGUUGCCGGACUCGCCGAUAUCCAAACCAUUCUACCUCUUUUCCGAGAACUGCUCCGCCAAGGAAGAUUUCUACUUUGCGCUGUUGAAAAACCAAGAGCAAACGUUCGAGCUCGACGGAGGACCCACGAAGCCGAAGCAGUUCGAUGUCAAGAGCAUCAUCUCCCUAGUCCAGAGGUUGCACUCGUCAGAUGAUCAUCGGAACACCCGAUGGCUCAAUGCCUUUCUCGGCAGGAUAUUCCUCUCGGUCCACAAGACCAGCGACCUCGAGAACUUUAUCCGCGAAAAGGUCACGAAGAAAAUCUCCCGCGUCAAGCGCCCCUCGUUCCUGACCAACAUCACCAUCGAAAAGAUACACACCGGAGAGGCUGCUCCGUUCUUUACAAACUUUCGACUGAAAGACCUAUCGGUCGAGGGAGAGUGCGUCGUCGAGGCCGAUGUCAGGUACAGCGGCAACUCUCGCAUCGAAGUGGCAGCAACCGCCAAGAUCGAUCUGGGAGCUAGAUUCAAAGCUCGAGAAGUCAAUCUCGUUCUCGCCGUCGUCCUGAAGCGUGUCGAAGGCCACGUCAUGUUCAAAGUCAAGGCGCCACCGAGCAACAGAGUCUGGUUCUCCUUCCAGUCGAUGCCGAAGAUGGAGAUGGCCAUUGAACCCAUCGUCAGCUCGAGGCAGAUCACCUACACCGUCAUUCUUCGCCAGAUAGAGAAUCGUAUCAAGGAGGUGUUUGCCGAAACUCUCGUCCAGCCCUUCUGGGAUGACGUGCCGUUUUUCAAGACGGAGCACAAGCGGUGGAGAGGAGGCAUAUUUGAAGGGGACGACGCCGUCGAGCCCUCCGAAAGCGACGACACCCCGGCGGAUGGUCCUGCCGAUGUGAUCCUCGCAGAUCGCCCCGAGAGCAGGGCCGACCUUUCGACUGACGCCCGCUCAUCAGAAAAGAGCCACAGCGAGCCUCUGGUGGACCUGUCGCCGGAGAAGACAGGCUUGUUCGGUAGAAAGGCGGGUGCCAAUGCAACCGACAGCUCGACCUCUGUGGCUUCCACCGGUGUGGAAGCGAAGGCUGCCAGCGCCGUCCCGUCGCGUUCGCCGAGCAUUGUGAAGACCUCGACCGGUCCAGUGGUUGGAACCGAAACGGCGCAUGCCGAUCUGUUCAGGCCGUCUUCCUCACCCCCCGAUCAUGCCACAAACUUCAUGGCGGCAUUGCAGUCACGCUCGCAGGAUGCCUCCCCGAUGGUUACCCCGGUUGGCUCGCCCUCGAAAGCCAGCUCUCUGACCAAAGCGUUGAGUCAGUCCUCCACCUUGACCGUGCAGAGCGCGGAAGAGGACAAAGAGAAGGCGGACCAUGCGCCCAUUCCACCUGGUCGCCGGAGCAAUGCAUCAUCUACGGAGUCGGAGCCUCACAGCGAUAUUCCCCGCGAACCCUCCCCUGCCUCGUCGACCGCCAGCUCCUUGAAGCACCACGCCGGCACACUGGGUCGGAGCCUUUUCUCUCGUCGCGAGGGCGCCAUCAAUGCUGCAUCGACAGAGUCUUCGAAUGGAGAUCUGAAGCGGAACACCAUCGCUGCGGUCACCCAGGCGGCGGCACAAGCUAAGCAGUGGGGGUGGAAUGCGCUUCAGCGGCAGAAGGAUGCCAGAAGGAACGACGGCAAAGCCCAGGUUGACCUCAGCCAACCCAUGGGCCGCGGUCAACCAUUGCCCCCGCCAGGAAUGCCGCUGCCAGGCCCAGCAAACAAUGGCAGGCCAAAGAUUGGCACGGUGAUUGCUCCCAAGCACAGACCUGCCCCCGAUCCAAUGCCUGCCGAGGGUCUCGAGCAGCAUAUGGUGACUGGGGUUUCCCCUGCAAUCCCACCUCCAGUGCCACCACGGAAUAGAAGAGUGGGAACUGAACUGGACGAAGCGGAUGGAGGAGAGAACAUGCUCGUCGUUGCAGCGCCCGAUGACUCUCAGCCUGGAACGCCAACAACCCAGGGGAGUGUGAACGACGAGACAGCCUGGACGGACACGAUCGCCGCGGCUCAGGAAGCGAAGCAGAAAUCGGCAGAAAUCGAUCCUACCUCCGUGGAAAUGCGCUCCGUAGGAAAAUGCGACCCUUUCCUUUCAGACAGUCGACUUCCCCAGGGAAGCCCUAUUAUUGCAUUACCUGCGGCGUCAGCUGUCAUCGACGAUGACGACGACUACUCAGGCUGGAUGGAUGACGACGACAACUUUGGUGAGGACGGAAUGGCUAUCCAUGACCCUGCUCACCAUCAGCCUCCGGCUAGCCAAGGAGCGGAGUAG